AUGUUCAGAAGAGGUGUGCGCCAGUUCGCCACGACGGCGCUGCGGAGCGCUGAGGCUUCGACUCCGUACCACAUCAAGGUGUCCAAGGCGCAGGGCGUCGUCAACGGUCUCACGGAAGCCAUUGGAAAUACUCCACUGAUCCGCCUGAAGCGCCUCUCUGAGCAGACCGGCUGCAAUAUCCUGGGCAAGGCUGAAUUCCAGAACCCCGGUGGAAGUGUUAAGGACCGAGCCGCGCUUUACGUCGUUAAGGAUGCGGAGGAAAAGGGACUUCUCCGUCCUGGUGGAACAGUUGUCGAGGGCACGGCUGGAAACACCGGAAUUGGACUGGCCCACGUCUGCCGUUCAAAGGGUUAUAAGCUCGUGAUUUAUAUGCCUAAUACUCAGUCGCAGGGCAAGAUUGAUCUCCUGCGCCUGCUCGGUGCCGAGGUCUACCCGGUACCUGCCGUGGCAUUCGACAACCCUGAGAAUUACAACCACCAGGCACGUCGUCAUGCGGAAUCGCUUGAUAACGCUGUCUGGACGAACCAAUUCGACAAUAUUGCCAACCGUCAGGCUCAUAUUGAGACUACUGGUCCGGAGAUCUGGACGCAGACGGAAGGAAAGAUCGAUGCUUUCACUUGCGCCACGGGAACUGCUGGUACAUUGGCUGGUAUCACAAGAUAUUUGAAAACCGUGAGCGACGGACGAGUCAAGAGCUUCUUGGCCGACCCUCCAGGCAGUGUCCUCCACAGUUACAUCCAGAGCGGUGGCAAACUGGUUGAACGUACGGGCAGCAGUAUCACCGAGGGCAUUGGACAGGGACGUAUCACGGACAACUUGAAGCCUGACAUUGAUCUACUCGACGGUUCACUAAAUAUCAGCGACGAGAAGACCAUCGAGAUGAUCUACCGCUGCCUCGAUGAAGAGGGCCUGUACCUGGGUGCUAGCUCCGCUCUUAAUGUUGUUGCCGCCAAGGAGGUUGCUGAGAAGCUAGGAAAAGGUCACACAGUCGUGACAAUUCUCUGCGAUGGUGCGUACAGGUAUGCUGAUCGCCUGUUCUCCGAUAAGUGGCUGCGCAGCAAGAACCUGCGGGAUUCCAUCCCUAAGCACCUUGAGAAGUACAUCGUACUGCCUUAA